AUGGAUCUGAAAAAGAUACCCAAAUGGUCAAGCCUAGAAACGCGCCAAAUGUUAACAAAAUUGGCACUUCCUGCGGAGAGGUCAAACAGAACCGGUUCUCAAAUGGAAAAAUCUAAAAGCAGACCCGCAAACGAGAAAAAGUCGACAAGUAUCGUAGAACAAAGUCGUAUAUCCACAUCGCGUACACCUUCAAGAAGAAUAGUAGAACUUUCGAAGCCAAAAAUGCAAGACUACAUCGUCUGGGGAAAUGACAGAUUCUGUUGCCAAAGGAUAAACUUCAGCUUCGAGGCAGCUACCAGCUUCCCGUCGUCUGGAUAUGGCCCAUUCUGGACGGAGCUGUUGUAUGCCGCUAAGGAGGAAAUAAGCUACAAAGACGCUAUCAAAGAUAGCAGUGCCAGUUCGUUGAUAUCGCCGAACGUAAAGUCGCUGUACGCUGCGGAAGCUGUGCAGAAUUAUAAACAUGGACUCGUAAUACACAGGACGUUUAUGAAAUAG